UCCUCUCAGAUCCAUGCCAUUCCCCUGCGAUCGAGCUGGGUAAUGACAUGUGCCUACGCCCCGUCUGGCAGUUUCGUUGCCUGCGGAGGUCUGGACAACAUCUGCUCCAUCUACAGCCUCAAGACAAGGGAGGGGAACGUGAGGGUCAGCAAGGAGCUGCAGGGACACACCGGCUACCUCUCCUCCUGCGGUUUCUCGACGACUCACGAAUUCUGACUUCCUCUGGUGACAUGAGCUGUGGACUGUGGGACAUUGAGCACGGCCAGCAAGUCCUGGGAUUUGUCGGCCAUACCGGUGACGUAAUGAGUCUCUCUGUGGGUCCUGAUAAUAACACCUUUGUCUCCGGGGCCUGCGAUGCCACCUCUAAGCUGUGGGACAUCAGGAGUGGUCAGUGCCACCAGACCUUCACUGGACAUGAGAGUGACAUCAACGCCGUCUCUUUCUUCCCUAAUGGCCAAGGGUUUGCUACGGGCUCUGACGAUGCCACUUGUAGACUGUUUGACAUCAGAGCUGAUCAGGAGCUGAUGAUGUACUCCCACGACAUGAUAGUGUGUGGUAUCACAUCGGUGGCCUUCUCCAAGAGCGGGCGGCUCCUCCUGGCAGGCUACGACGACUUCAACUGCAACGUGUGGGACGCCCUCAAGGGAGAGAGAGUCGGAGUUCUUACCGGACAUGACAACCGCGUCUCCUGCCUCGGAGUAACCGACGACGGCCUCGCCAUAGCAACCGGGUCCUGGGAUAGCUUCUUGAAAAUCUGGAAUUAGAGGAGCGUCCCCCUCCCGAUUACCGCCCGCAGUUACACCUUCUGUUGUAUUCCACACGACAUAUAAACAUAUACUUGACCUGCCCCUGUCUUGCUUACGUGUUUUAAGAGAAGCAGUUAUAAUACAUUUACCUUAUAAUUAUAGUCUGUGUCUUUCAGCAAAGAACUAUAUUGUUAGCUACUGAUUUCACACAUAAUACACACACACACACCCCAAAUGCUUUUACAUAUGCACGUGCAUAUGCAUAAUGUAUACAGCAUAUGUGUUUUCUUUCAGACUUUGUAGAGAUCACAUUGUACUGUGUGUGUGCUAUAUAUAGGAUGGUCUAUUUUCAUCGGUGUGUGUGUGUGUGUGUGCGUGUGUUAAUCUCUCUAGAUUUGUACAAAUGUGAUAAUAAUAAUAAAAAACUAAAUACACAAUUGUACAAAUCUAGAGAGAUUAACACACGCACACACACACACACACACCGAUGAAAAUAGACCAUCCUAUAUAGCACACACACAGUACAAUGUGAUCUCUACAAAGUCUGAAAGAAAACACAUAUGCUGUAUACAUUAUGCAUAUGCACGUGCAUAUGUAAAAGCAUUUGGGGUGUGUGGUGUGUGUAUUAUGUGUGAAACAGUAAGCUAACAAUAGUAGUUCUUUGCUGAAAGACACAGACUAUAAUUAUAAGGUAAAUGUAUUAUAAAUGCUUCUCUUAAAACACGUAAGCAAGACAGGGGCAGGUCAAGUAUAUGUUUAUAUGUCGUGUGGAAUACAACAGAAGGUGUAACUGCGGGCGGUAAUCGGGAGGGGGACGCUCCUCUAAUUCCAGAUUUUCAAGAGCUAUCCCAGGACCCGGUUGCUAUGGCGAG